CAUCUUACUUUAAUUUUAAAAGUGGAACGUUUUAGACUACAUCGGAUCGUACGAGUAUUGACGAACUAUUUUUCGAUCAAGAAGCUGUAAAAAUGACUUUCACUUGGACUGAUCCUAAAGUUGUUGCACUGAUUGAGGAAGUUGAAAAAUAUCCUACAAUAUGGAACUUAAAACAUCCAGACCACAAAAAACAAAAGGUGUUGUCUUCAAUUUGGAGCAAAAUUGCAACAACCGUUGGCGUUGGAAAGCUUCAAGCGAGGAACAAAUGGAGAACAUUGGCAACAACUUUUAAAAGUGAACAUGCCAAAUACAAAAUUAAUUUACCAUCUGGGUCUGCAGCUACUUUUGAACCUGAGGACAGGUGGAAUUUCUACGAUGACAUGAGUUUUAUGAUUCCCUGUAUAGAAAUGGAAAUGAGUGGAAAUAUCAAUCUGAGUUUUCAUGAAAUUUAUGCUAACCAACCUACGAGUCAUGGUAUUGUGUCAUCAUCAGUGCAACAUCCAUCAACCUCAUGUCAAAAUCAAUGGACGUCAUGGCAAAAUCAAUUGACUUCAGGUCAAAAUCUAUCAACAUCAGGUCAGAAUCUAUCAACAUCAGGUCAAAAUCAAUCUACAUCAUCGAAAUCAAUGCCAAAUUCAUUGAUUGAAAAUGAGUUCAACGUUACUAAUAAUAUUUCCACAGUAAUGCCGCAAGCAAGUGUUAACGGUAAAGCUGACUGGAAAUUCCUAGAAAGCCUUGAUUAUUAUAUGAAUCUAAUUGAUGAUCCUACAACGAAAUAUCAGUUCUGCCUCGAAGUAUCGUGCUCGCUAUUCAAUAUUUUGCAAAAAAACAAAGAAAAGACUGAAGAUCAAGAGAAGUGCGUUAAUUUGAAUAAUAUUAAGAUGAGGGAAACAGUUGAUAAUAAUCAUAUAGAUUCUAUAAACAAAAAAAGGCCAAUUUCUUGUGGUACCGAGCUUUGCUCCAAUUUGAAUAGUAUUGCUAUGGAACAAGAACUUUCAGAUCAAUGUGAGCCUGAUAACAGAAUUAAUGUUAUGAAUCCUGAUAACAGAAGAAUUGAAAAUCAACCUGAACGUGAUAACGGAAAAAUCGAUGAUCAAUCUGAACAUAACAACAACAGAAUUGAUGAUUAUUAUGAUGAUGAUGAUAUAAUGAUUAUCGACGAGAUAAAACCUGUACAGAAAAAAAGAAAAGUCGAAAUUGAACCAACGCAAUGUCUACAGUCAUUUUUGAAAAAUCCCUUCGAGCCGAAGAAAGAGUUCAAGUCUGAGUAAUGUAACAUUGGAACCAAUGUUACAGAUUCAUCAAUUAAGUUUUUUCCUGAUCAAGAAUCAAAUUUACUCAGUUCUUGAGUUAUUAUUUAACUUAUACUUUUAUUUCGAUAUUGAUUUCAAUAUAGUAGAAUUUUUUUGUUUUAAUUGGUUCAAAAGCUUUGAUUGAUAAAAUGUCUUAGUUUAGACUAGAUAUUUAAAUCAAUAUGAUUAAACUUUUAUAAUUUUACAUUGUAUAAGAAGCCUUUAACGACAAUAUGUAUCUCAAUUAACUUUAUGUUUGAGUUUUACAAAAUAUGUAAAAAUUAUUAGUUUAAACUAGAUAUUCAGUACAAUAUAAUUGAACUUUUUUAACUUUGAAUUGUAUAAGAAGCUUUGAAUAACAAUAUACGUCUGAUUAGAUUAGAUAGUUUAGACUAGAUAUUCACAACAAUAUAAUUGAAUUUAAAAAAAUUAAAAUGUGUAAAAAGCUUUGUUUGACAAUAUAUGUCUGACUAGACUGUUA